ACCCGUGGGUGAGACGUCGUUCUCCGGAUUGUGACGUCAAAGGGCAGAAAUUAAAGAAGCCGCCGAGAUUGCCCGGAGCCCGGAGCGGCAGCAGCGGGCGGAGAGCGAUGGUCCCCGGUGCGGCAUAGGCUGGGGGCGGCGGCGCGGCUGCUGGAGGCUGCAGGUCAUCCAUUGGCUUGAAUAUGUUGGCCUGUCCAGUGUGGAAGAGCCUUGGAUAGCAUCCCCCGAAGGAGCAAAGGGAACGAUUUACUGAGAAGAUCAAAGCACUACUAGUGCCACCAUGUCUGUCAUGAUGGUGAGGAAGAAGGUGACUCGGAAAUGGGAGAAACUUCCAGGGAAGAACACGUUCUGUUGCGAUGGGCGAGUGAUGAUGGCCAGGCAGAAAGGGAUUUUCUACUUGACUCUCAUACUCAUCUUGGGCACAUGUUCCCUAUUUUUUGCUUUCGAAUGUCGUUACUUGGCUGUACAGCUGUCCCCCGCCAUCCCAGUCUUUGCAGUGGUCCUCUUCCUCUUCUCCAUAGCCACUCUGCUGCGGACAAGUUUCAGUGACCCCGGGGUGAUACCGCGGGCGCUGCCAGAUGAGGCAGCUUUCAUUGAAAUGGAAAUUGAGGCAGCCAAUGGAAAUGUGCCACAAGGUCAGCGACCGCCUCCCCGCAUAAGAAAUGUCCAAAUCAACAACCAGAUUGUGAAGCUGAAAUACUGCUACACCUGCAAAAUCUUCCGUCCUCCCCGGGCGUCCCAUUGCAGUAUCUGUGAUAACUGUGUAGAGCGCUUUGACCAUCACUGUCCGUGGGUGGGGAACUGUGUUGGGAAGAGGAAUUACAGAUACUUCUACCUCUUCAUCCUCUCCUUGUCUCUUCUGACAAUUUACAUCUUCACCUUCAACAUUGUCUAUGUUGCCCUCAACUCCUUAAAAAUUGGUUUCCUGAAUACAUUGAAAGAAAGUCCGGGGACUGUUCUAGAAGUCUUUAUCUGCUUCUUCACACUCUGGUCUGUGGUGGGUUUAACUGGAUUCCACACAUUCCUGGUGUCUCUUAACCAGACAACCAAUGAAGAUAUUAAAGGAUCCUGGACUGGUAAGAACCGUGUGCAGAACCCCUACAAUCACGGCAAUCUUGCAAAGAACUGCUGCGAAGUGCUGUGCGGCCCGGUCCAGCCGAGCGUGCUAGAUAGAAGAGGUAUUGUGCAGGAGCCAGUGAGUCUUCCGGGGCAACCUGUGCAAGAAAACGGCGUGGCACAGACCGAUUCUGUGGCUGCUGCCCCACUAAUGCCUAAUGAAUCUUCUGAAAAGCCUACGGCUCAAGAUAACAAGGAACCCAAUGCUCUAGAAAUGUCUGUUCAGAUCCCCAAAGAACAAGAUGGAAGACCAGAUACAGAAAAGUAGAUGUUCUUUAAGAGUUUUCCAUACAAAGAGGAUAUUGUGACAAAUUUAUGGAACAACUGGAUCAGGACAAAUGGCCCAAUAUGCCGUAUUUCUUUAGUAUUUGCUUGUGUUAAUUAUGAAGGUGAUGUCUUGUGAGAUGGAGAUUCAUCAAUAUGGAAAAGUGCUCAAUGAAAGACUUCAGGUGCUAGUCAAGUAUGCCAAUGACCUAACCUGGGAGAGUAAGAAGCCAGCCUUUCUGGCCUGUAAUAAGGGUCUUGUUUUUCUUUCUGGGAGCUGGUUCUUCAAAUUGGGUCUACAAUCGUAUUCUGCCUCCCUCCGAUGAACCGUGAAAGCAGGCAAUCUCUCUGGACUAAAUGGCGAGUGCUAUGGAAGGACCUGAUAGGGCCUGUCGCUAAGGGCAACUGUGUCAUAUGACUGGCACCUUAAUUGAAAAUAUGCAUUGCUUUUUAUCCUACUUGCCAUGCCUAUAAGCAAUUGGCUGAAAGGACAGCUUCUGGCCUUCAAAUCUGUCUGCACUUCCUCCCCAAGGCCAAGAGUUAAUGUUUGAAUUAAUUACAACGUGGACUGUUCAUAAUUUUUCUCUCGGCCAACAAAUCAAUUACCUGUAUUAUCCGGUUCUUUAAAAUUGCUGUUUUAGCUCACAUUCCUCCUUUUACUUCAUUUACCAACUAAUCAUGAAGUAGAUUAUCGUACACGUGGCCUGGGGUCAUUUAUUUUUUAUCCAUUCCCAGUCAUUCUUCAGAUGUAGAUUGUGGUCUUGCAAUUGAUAGUAGGUAGCGGUAGGGUCAGUAGGGGCCAAUCAAGUGUCUGUCUGUAUUUUUUUGUUUUUGUUCUUUUCCUAUUUUUAGUUUAGAGAACAUUUGAAAUGUCUUCUGAAGUGCAGAGAAGUUAUUGUUGCUGCUUUUCUACAUAACUUUUAAGAGUAUACAGAGUGUUAAAAAAAUUGAAGUUUUUUUUUAUAUAUAUAAUUUAUUACUUGUUCAUACAGUGUUUGUUUUUUGUUUUUUUUCUUGUCAUGACGCCCUGUGGUAUAGCUAUAUGGACACCCUAAAAGUGUUGCUAAAUUGUAUUGCUUGCACAUUGAUUUAAUUUAAUUUUUUUUUCCUGGAUUGAAAAAUAAAUUGUUUGUGAUUUUUAUAAAUUUGGGGGAAGAGAAGUUCUCCCUGAAAUCUUCAUGUAAAAUAGAAUGUCCUACUUUCCAAACUUGUCUUCAAGGAUAGACCUAUUGUACAUGGCCAUGGGGUCCAUAAAUUCCUGACAUAUUGUAGACUUCUGGGAUGUUUUUCAUAUGUGGGGAAAAAAAUCAAAAAGAAAAGAAUAAAAAAAAAAAAAAAUAUAUAUAUAUAUAUUCUCGAUACACUGCUCUGGGUCAUCUCUAUUGGUUCCAGAUUAACCAGCCAGGGUUACCCACAUUAUGUUGUAUCUUCUAAACUCAUUCUUGCCUUUGGUACUGUACGUUCAUUCCUUGAAGACUUGUUUAAAACAUCCCCCAUAAAGUAUUUAUUCCAAUGUUUGAGUUUUUACUCAUUUCCUACUAUUCUAGACAACAUGUAAGAUAGCUGAAGACCUCCCAGAUUGGCUACCUAAUCUUGAGGUCAAUUUGUCAGAUUGCAUUAUGGGAAAAUCAAUUUUUGCAUAAAUGAUAAACCAUUCAUCUGUUCAUAAAAAGCACCAAAACCAUUUCAUUUCUUGGUCAAGGUUGUUUUUGAAGGGGUAAACCUAUGAAAUACCAUUUUACAACCCGUAUGGUGAGCAAUCAUGAUUUUCUAUCAUUGCAAUAAUAAAACCAUCUCGUCAUGAGAGUUACCACCACUUGUGUGGUCUCAUGAAGCUGUAUCUUUUGUAAUUAGCUGUGGAACCUCAUUCAUACAGAUGUAUCCUCAAACAUCCUUGCUCCAGUCACGCCAAACAGCCCCUUUUGGCCGGGUCGUUUGAGAAUCUUCUAGCGUUGGGCUUCUUUUUUUGCCAAACUUGUGUCUUAGUUGCAAUGUCUAGGAGACGAGGAGACUGCGCUGAUUAAUGCGAUGAUAUUUUAUCUGUGUGCAACAGAGUCUCUGAAUCUGUGCACAGCUUUUUUUUUUCCAGUACAAGUUCUGUUCUGCUCCAUAUACAGACUCGGUCACACACACGUUGUGUUGCCACUAAGCAUCAUUUACGGCAAAGAGAGACUCCAAACGUUAGCAGAGUUGCUUGGUGUGCGUGAUGGCGUAUUGAGGCUGGAUGUAUGAGGACACCUCUGUAGCUUGGAUCAUGCGCAUCAAGGCCAGUAGACUCCAACUAGUUUAAACUUUUCAUCAUUGGCGGACAGUUUGGGGUUGGAGCACUAUUUUUCUCCAACUGGUGAAGGAAAAUGAAGGAUUGUUCAAUACAUCAUGGUAUUAUGAGGUGUUUUUUUUGUUUUUUGGGUUUUUUUUACAAUUCAUUUCUCAUUCUGUAUUCAAAAAUAGGAGAUGUUCAUUAUAGUAUAAAUCUUGAAAUAAUGAUUGCAAAAUACAUAAACCUUCCUAGAGCUAUUUGAGGCUUAAAGAAGAGACUACAUGGUUCUCAAAGCCUUGCAAUUCCUGCAACUGGGAAGCAUUACUUGUGUUCUCUUUCUCAGGUAUUAAGUUCCAUGAGUUGAUUAUUAAACGUUUAUGGAACACUUCUGUUGUAAUUCAGGUUUAUCCCCGGACACACUGGGGUGAGGUGACGAUACGUCAUGAGCUGCAUUGAAUGCUUCCUACAUACCAUCCCUGUCCACUAGACGCCUCAUGACCUGAAAGUAUAAGGGCUUUGUACAACUAUAAAUCUUGUGCGUUCAUAUAAUCACCCGUUGCAAAGACUGCUACUGGCCGUCGUUAUCCAACACUUUAAAUGAGCAUACAAUAAUGACAUAAAGCUAUUUACUGACUGAAUAAAGAAAAUAGCCAUAAA